AGGUCGAAAAGAGCGGAGUGGGCAGCAGCUCCUGUUCCCUCCGAGGGAUGUGGCAGCUCGGCCGGCACCUUCCAAGGCGGCGCGGGGGGCGUUGCAGCUCCUUCCGACUUGCCAAACCACUUCCCUCCCCUGCUCGCUCGCUCUCUCUGCCCGUUCCCCAUCCAGCCCCAUUCCGGAGUGAGCGUGGAGCCUCUUGGAGCCUCCUUCCUCUUCCCAAGGCGGGUGGGUCAGGGGCCAGGGCGGAGGAAGGGCCCGAGGAGGGCGACCUGUCUCCUCGCCUCCCCCUUUUCCUUGGCACAGCAGCGGCGGCGCUUCCCUCCUUCGCCUUCCUUCGCCUUCCCCUCAGGCGCCCUGCAGCCGCUUCGCCCAAAGUUCAUGCCCCUUGGAGAGUUUGCAGAGUUUGGAGAGUUUGGAGAGGGACGCGCCAAGCCGGGAGAGAAAUUCUCCUGCCCUCCUCCGGCUGUCAGUCUUGCGGAAGAAAGGUGGCCUUCUUGCGGGCUUCCCUCCUCGUCCCCCUCCUGCUCCUCUUCUUCUUCUUUGCCUGCAAUAAAGACUUUGGGCCGAGCAGCCCCCGUCCCGAUGCACCGCCUGGCCUUCCUCCUCCUCCACUUGGGAGCCUUGGCCAACUUUGGGGACCCGGCCGCCCCGAGCGGAUCUAUUCGAGCCUUGCGGGCGUCCCACCUGCGCAGAGAUGAGAGCAAUCACCUCACAGCCUUGUACCGUAAAGAAGAGACCAUCAGCGUCUGGGAACAUGGCUCCAUCCACAGUCCACGCUUCCCACAGAGUUACCCCAGAAAUCUGCUGUUGACGUGGAAGCUGCUUUCACCAGAGAAUGCAAGGAUACAGCUGGUGUUUGACCCUCAGUUUGGACUGGAAGAGCCAGAGAAUGAUAUCUGCAGAUAUGAUUUUGUGGAAGUGCAAGAUAUUUCUGAAAUCAGCAUGCUGAUCCGAGGACGGUGGUGUGGAUACAAGGAAGCUCCUCCAAGAAUAACAUCAAAAACAAACCAAUUGAAGAUCACCUUCAAAUCAGACGAUUACUUAGUGGCUAAACCUGGAUUCAAGAUUUAUUAUUCCCUGGUGUAUGAUCUUCAGGGUGUAUAUGUAACCAACUGGGAAUCAGUUACCAGCCCUGUUAUGGGUGUUUCCCAUCACUCUUCAUCAGUGACCGACCCUACUCUAACGGCAGAAGCUCUGGAUCAAACCAUUGCUGAAUUUGAUACCGUGGAGGAACUGCUGAGGCAUUUUAAUCCAGAUACAUGGCAAGAGGAUAUGAAGAAUCUGUACACAGAAACUGCGCCACCUCGAGGAAGAAGCUUCUAUGAGAGAAAGUCAAAAGUGGAUUUGGAUCAGCUGAAUGAUGAUGUGAAACGCUACAGCUGCACACCAAGGAACUAUUCUGUCAACAUAAGAGAGGAACUGAAGCAGACCAGUAUGGUUUUCUUUCCACGCUGCCUUCUUGUCCAACGUUGUGGAGGAAACUGUGGGUGUAGCUUCACACAUUGGAAGUCCUGUACCUGCACCCCAGGGAAAGUGGUGAAAAAAUAUCAUGAGGUGCUGAGAUUCACCCCUGAAGCAAGUCCUACCUGGUGGCGGCGCAGAACCAAGAAUAAUAUGGCACUGAUUGAUAUUCAGCUGGAACACCAUGAGCGUUGUGACUGCAUCUGUAGUGCAAGACCACCCCGAUAAAAAGAGAGUAGAUCAAUCCAUUUGCAAAUCAAUGGACCUCUUCCUCUAAAAUUGGAGCUAGCCUUAGAGCUUCUCCCAGUGGCCAAGUUUGCUAACAUCUCCAGUGUACCUGGUAGAGAGACCCACAGCCUUCUGAUGUAUAGUCCUAAGUGCCAUGACAGUUAACCAUUCAUAACACAGAUAUAGAUAAAUUCAAAUCUGGGUUUAAGCAUUAGAAAACAAGAGAAACCUAAGGGGAGAAAUCUUCAGUGUCUCCACUGAGAUCUAGCUAUACGAUGACAGUGAUUUUUUGGGGGGCUGAAUUCCUUUAGUAGGCUUUCUAAGUCUUAGAAGCAAAAGUUACACAUGGGUAUGUAUACAUAUAUUCACAUACCUUUGCACACAACUCUUCAUACAUACAAACCUAUUGAACUAAGCACACUUAAAAUGUAAAUAAGGGAUGGGGGACGCAUAUAUAUAUAGAGUGAUUGUAUUAAUCCAAUUUAUAUCUCCUAG